GCAGAGUAUAUACUGAGACUAGCGUUCGCUGUUGGCCAGUACCUGCCUCCUUUCUCACCACCUCUGAUUUCAGCUCCAGUAAGUUGCUUGGGACUUUGGUUUGGCAGCAGCCGCAGCGCAGCAUAGCCACUGUGCCGUCCUCUUUCUGCUAGAUCCCCGGCCUGUCGGUGUCUGCUCCCAUACGCCGGUCGGCAGGACCAUGUCGCUGGUAAGCCAGAAUUCGCGCCGCCGCCGCCGCCGCAGUGCAAAGGCCACUGCGCAGAACAGCAGCUGGGGUGAAAUGCAGGCCCCUGACGCCCCCAGUCUCUCCGCUGCUAUGCCAGGCCCAGACGUCCCCCAGGGUCCCAGCGAUCUGGAGACCCUCCAGGGUCUCUGCGCCUCAGAGGACCCAGGCACCUCCGUGCCGCCCACCCCUGAUGAGGGCCCAACCACCUCUGAGCCGCCCACCGUCUCUGAGGGCUCAAUCGCCUCCGAGCAGCCCACCGUCUCCGAGGGGCCGAACACCUCAGAGCUGCCCACCCCCAUUGAGGGCCCAAGCACCUCUGGGCCUCCUGCGGUCUCUGAGGGACUGAACACAGCCGUAUUGAUCAACGCCUAUGAGGGCCUAAGCCCCCCUGUGUCACCCUCUGCUUCUGAGGGCUCAAGCGUCUCUGAGCAGCCCACUGUCACUGAGGGGCUGAACACCUCCGAGCUACCCCUCUCCCAUGAGGGCUCAAGCACUUCUGUGCUGACCACCACCGCUGAGGGACUGGGCAUCUCCGUGUCGCCCACCCCCGCUGAGGGCCCCAGCACCUCCGUGCUGACCACCGUCUCUGAGGGACUGGGCAUCUCUGUGCCGCCCACCUCCAGUGAGGGACUGAGCAAUCUCAUGCCGCCCACCCUCUCCAAGGGACCGGGCAUCAACGUGCCGCCCCCAUCCGGUGAAGGCCCGAGCACCUCUGUGCCGCCCACCACCUCUGAGGGACCUGACACCUCUGUGCUGCCCCCAUCCGGUGAAGGCCCGAGCACCUCUGUGCCGCCCACCACCUCUGAUGGACUAGGCAUCUCCGUGCCUCCCUCCUCCAGUAAGGGCCAGAGCACCUCUGUGCUGCCCUCCUCUGGUGAGGGCCCGAUCACCUCGGUGCCGCCCACUGACUCUGAGGGACCUGGCGCCUCGGAGCCGCCCACCCGCGGUGAGGUCCCGAGCACCUCCGUGCGGCUCAAUUCCGGGGAGGGCCCGAGCACCUCUGGAAUGGCCACUGCGGCCGAGAACCCGAGCACCUCUGGGAUGCUGACAGUUGGGGAGGGCCCAAGCACCUUUGAGAUGGCCGCCGCCGCCGCCGCCGCUGAAGGCCCCAGCACCUCUGGGUUGCUCAUCAUUGCCGAGGGCCCGAGCACCUCUGGAAUGGCCCCCGCCGCAGAGGGCCCGAGCACCUCUGAGAUGCUGACAGUUGGGGAGGGCCCGAGCACCUUUGAGAUGGCCGCCGCCGCCGCCGCCGCCGCCGAGGGCCCGAGCACCUCUGGGCUGGCCACAGCCGCCAAGGGCCCGAACACAUCUGAGAUGCUGACAGUUGGGGAGGGGCCGAGCACCUUUGAGAUGGCUGCCGCCGCCGCCGCCGCCGCCGAGGGCCCGAGCACCUCUGGGAUGGCCACAGCCGCCGAGACCCCGAGCACCUCUGGGAUGCUCACCAUUGCUGAGGGCCCGAGUAUCUCUGAGAUGGCUGCUGCCGCAGAAUGCCCAAGCACCUCUGGGAUGGCCGCCGCUGCUGCUGGCCCGAGCACCUCUGGGAUGGCCGCCGCCGCUGACGGCCCGAGCACCUCUGGUAUGCUCGCUGCUUCUGCGAACCCUGCUCCAGUGUUGAGCUUGGGUGCUUCUGUGGGCCCGACCUCCUCCAAGUGCCCUAUUGCUUUGCCAAGCUCCUGCGUCGCCAGGUCCUCCUCCGACUCUAAGCGCCCCAAGGGUGCGGAAGGCCCCAUGGAAUUCCAGGUCCUCAGAGACCGUGAGAACUCCAACUCCAUUACGAUUAUGGGCCUUGGCACUACCCAGGUAGCGCUAACCCUGAAGCCCCAAGAUCCUAUGGAGCAGAAUGUAGCUGAGUUGUUACAGUUUCUGCUGGUGAAGGAUCAGAGCAAGUACCCUAUCCGGGAAUCCGAAAUGCGGCAAUAUAUUGUCAAAGAAUAUCGCAGCCAGUUCCCUGAGAUCCUCAGGCGAGCAGCAGCCCACCUGGAGUGCAUUUUUAGAUUUGAAUUGAGGGAGCUUGAUCCUGAAGAGCGCACAUAUAUCCUGCUCAACAAGCUGGGGCCUGUGCCCUUUGAAGGACUGGAAGAGAACCCAAAUGGGCCAAAGAUGGGCCUCCUGAUGAUGAUCCUAGGACAAAUCCUCCUGAAUGGCAACCAAGCCAAGGAAGCUGAGAUUUGGGAAAUGCUCUGGAGGAUGGGGGUGCAGCGAGAGAGGAGGCUUUCCAUUUUUGGGAACCCAAAGAGACUUCUGUCUGUAGAGUUUGUAUGGCAGCGGUACUUGGACUACAGGCCAAUAACUGACCGUACCCCAGUGGAAUACGAAUUUUUCUGGGGACCAAGAUCCCACAUAGAAACCAGCAAGAUGAAAAUUCUGAAGUUCAUGGCUAAGAUCUAUAACAAAGAUCCUUCCGACUGGCCAGAGCCAUACAAUGAGGCUCUGGAAGAAGAGGCUGCUAGAGCCUAUGCUGAGGGUUGGCAAGCUCUCCCUCCCUUUAGGAGGCCCUUUUUUGAAGAAGCUGCAGAGGUAGCAUCUCCUGAUUUUGAUGUUUCUGCCUAUCCCUCAAAAUAUCCUCCACAUUCAUGGCCUGAGUCAAGAAUGGAGAGCAAGUCAAGGAAGUUGGUGCAGUUAUUUCUGCUGAUGGAUUCGACUAAGCUGCCUAUACCAAAGAAAGGAAUUCUGUACUACAUUGGCCGAGAGUGCAGCAAAGUAUUCCCUGACCUCCUGAAUCGUGCUGCUCGCACCCUGAACCACGUGUAUGGGACAGAGCUAGUGGUUCUGGAUCCAAGAAACCACUCCUAUACCCUGUACAACCGAAGAGAAAUGGAAGAUACUGAAGAGAUUGUAGAUAGUCCAAAUAGGCCUGGCAACAACUUCUUGAUGCAGGUUCUGAGCUUCAUCUUUAUAAUGGGCAACCAUGCUAGGGAGUCUGCAGUGUGGGCCUUUCUGCGGGGCUUAGGGGUUCAAGCUGGGAGAAAGCAUGUGAUUACCUGUAGGUAUUUGAGUCAGCGCUACAUAGACAGUUUACGGGUUCCCGACAGUGAUCCAGUACAGUAUGAGUUUGUAUGGGGCCCUAGAGCCCGCUUGGAAACCUCCAAGAUGAAAGCGCUGCGCUAUGUGGCCAGAAUCCACAGAAAGGAGCCACAGGACUGGCCAGAGCAGUACAGGGAGGCAAUGGAAGAUGAGGCCAAUAGAGCUGAUGCUGGUCACAGGCAAUUCCUUGUUCACAACUUCAGAUAGAGGAGUAUGUGGCAGUCAGAGAGGCCUUGCAAGGCCGGGCCCUAGAGCCCUAUGCCUCAUGUAUUGGGUGUGGGGGGGUAUGUAUUGUAUUUGUAUUUGUGUUCCAGUUCCAUUUAUGUCUUUUCAUAUUUAGUUCUUGUUUGGUAUCUUGAAAUGUUUCAAUUGUUUUAAUAUAUUGUCCAGUAGGGUAAAUGUGAUUGACUACUUGCUGUCUCUGUUGUAUUUUGGUAUAAGAGUUUUGAUAGUGUUAUAAAAUGUUUUGGGAAUCUUUCCAUCUUGUUGCAUUAUCUGGAAGAGAAUAUAUAGCAUAUAGCUAUAGAUAUAGGCUUUUCCUUGAAAGCUUGAAAAAAAUUCACCAGUAAAGUGAUCUAGCUUCUGAUGUUAAACAAACAAGCAAAUAUAUCAACAACUGAAAAAGCACUCUAAGUUAUGGCUGGCCUCCCUUUCUGUCUGCUAUUGUGUAAAGAAUACCAAUGUUUACCUGUAUUUGCUUUGCUGUACUAAAAUGUAAUGAAAAAUAAAAGUGUAAUAAAUCAAACAUAAUGCUAAUGCACUAUUUAUUCCACAAACAUUUAUUAAAUUUCUUUCAUGCAA